AUUUGUGAGCGACAAUCUAGCGUUGAGUGUAGAAAAAAAAUCGCCGUCGAAGAAAAACAGUCAAGUUAAACUGAAAUUAUAUUUACAAAACAGCAAUUCACAUAAAAAAAUGACAACUGCGAUCGACCCAGAACUGCGCACCAAAAUCGAUGCCGCUUGCCGGAUGGAGGAGGGAUUCGCCAAACUGUACAACGAAAAAGUAGCCAAGAAGCGGCAUCAGAUGACCCGGCUCUACAUGGACAACGGUUUGCUGGUGUGGAACGGAAAUGGUGCCAACGGGAAGGACAACAUCCAGAAGUACUUCCAGGAACUGCCCCGCUUCGAAUACAUUAUGAACACCCUGGCUAUAAUUGAAUCAUCGCAGGGCUGGUAGCGGAUCUAAUUUUCUAUUUUAAUUCUUUAAUUCGAGUCUUUUAAAAGUGCAAAAUUAAAUGCAAAUUCCUGUGCUUUAAUAAUGUACAACUGAAGUCAGUUAUUUUAGGAACUAUGAUGAUUUGAGUAAAUAGUUGAUCAAGUUGAAGCAUUA